CUGUUGCAAGAUGGCGGACGCGGACCUGUGACCGAGGCAUCUAGCUGUGGACAUCUAUGCUCUCCUGUGUUCCUCCAAUGAGCAGCUCUUCCUGUCAACACCGGAUGUUCAUGCUGAAGAUAUAUCUGACUCUUUACCGAUAAUAUAUGUGUAAUGUAAAUAUUUGCGCCAUGACGACAGAUUCAGACGCGACAGGAAGAGUUUAGAGGAACUAAAUCUUAACUAAAGGUUUAAUGUCAUGGGUGCCGUGUUGACACGGAGCGCCGCUUCACACUGACGAUGAGCCCGCAGAAGAAGAUGAAGAAGAGGAAGGAGCUGGACGCCCUAAUCGGCCUGAGCGACGGCCGGAGGAAGAGCAAGAGCAGCGGACACCGCCUGCUGCGGACCGAGCCGCCCGAGUCCGGUUCCGCUUCCGGUACCGAGCCCGAGUCCGGCUCCGAGGAGCGGAGCUUCAGCGGCCCGAGCGGCCUGUUCACCCGGAGUCCGCUGCGCUGCUGCUCGCUCUGUUACCCGCUGUGUGUGUUCGUGGUUCUGGCGGCGUGUGUCACGGCCUGCGCUGGACUCAUCUGGAUGCAGAUCGCCCUCAAAGAGGACCUGGACUCCAUGAAGGAGAAGAUCCACAUCAUGGAGAGCAGUCAGAAGCUCUCAUCACACGAGAUCCUGAAGCUCAGCGAGGACCUGAAGAACAAACAGAUGAAGCUGGACGAGCUGGAGAGCGGAGACCGGGGCCUGGUCAAACUCUGGUCCAACCUGAGCGAGAUCAGUCUGAAGCUCAGUGCUCUGGAUUCAGCUGUCAAUCAUCUGAAGACCAACAUCAAAUCUGCUUCUGAUCUGAUCGCACUGCCCCGGACGAUAGAGGAGCUGCAGAAGAGCGUGGCCUCCAUCGGCAGCACCGUCACCAGCGUCCAGCACGAUGUCUCCAUGAUUCAGUCAGUCGUGGAAGAGAGAAGGAGAGAAGAUCAGUUGAAGGCCAAUGAAGAGAAACCCGUGAACAGCAGCUGUGUGACGCUGAAGCAGGACCUGCAGCAUCUUCAGGAGGACGUGAAGGAGAUGAACAGCUCUCUGCUGCUCCAUCAGUCGUGGUCGAGUGACCAGAUCCAGAGCGUGAGGUUUGUGCUGUCCAACCUGAGCAGAUGGGUGUCAGCACUGGACCAGAGCUCCUCCGAGGAGACGCCUCCUCCGUCCGUCCGUCCGCUCCAGACUCUCCAGACCGCUGCAGACGCCGCUGGAGCUGGUUCCUCAGCCGCUCGCCGGCCCAGGUUUCUGUCCCGCAGACGUUACAGACGAGGACCGAUGUCCUCCCGCAGCACCGAGGCCGAGUCUGAGAGAGAUGAGGAGCAGCGUCUGCUGAAGGAGUUGGGCUCCGAUCCGGACCGGGCCUCGCUGGGGGUCAGUCCUGAGGAACAGCCUCUCGGUCACUGAUUCACUGGCGGUUUACAGACUGACCUCACCGUCACGAAUCAGCUCAGUCUGACCAAGAGCCGUAACCCGCCGGACUAACACACAAUCACAGCAGCGCUCCGCUGUUUAAUGAUCAGACGCUUCAUCUCAGGUAAGAGUGAAUCUCUCCCGUCAGAACAGGCCCUGAAUCAGAGGAAGUGUGUCUUACCUGAAGGAAAUGAAGCCCGUCUGAGAUGCUGUGAAUCGUGACCUUGUUUUAAUCCAGUUUUAGCCUGAAUCUCAUUACUGUAAUGACACAAAUCAACCGUGCUCGUGUUUCUCGUACUGAUUUAGAUUAAUCUGUUCUACAGAAUACAGUGAACUGUUAUAUUACUGUCACGAGACUCACCUGUUAAAAUAGAAACUACAAACACAAACCCAUCAGAAUCAUAAAUCUGGAUGCAUUAAAUUCACAAAAAACUGAGCAGCUCAAUGUGUUUAUUUGGCAUCUACUGACGUCUCUCAUGACUUCUUAGGCUUCCCAUGAUUCUUGAAGCGUGACCUGAUCUCACGAGAUUCACUCUUACAUAUUUAAAUAUUUAUCUGUCUCAAGAAUGAUUGUGAAGUGUGUAUGAACCGAGGGAAAAUAAGACCGUGCUGAACUACAUAACUGUCAGAUCUAGCAAUAAUGUGAUCCAUUCUGCUUUUAGUAAAUACGAGAAUAUAAUGCAGUGCACCUCUCUUUUAUCAGAUUUAGUUUUUAAUUUCAGGUGAUGUUUGAGGGUAACUGUGGCCUGUAGAUGAUCAUGAGGAUGGACUGUGUAUAUAUAUCUAUUUCUGGGUCGAGCGAGGGUGUGAAGGAAAUCAUGGUGUCUCAAACUUUACUGUCACUUCCUGAAACCAGAUAAACACUGUACAUAUUGAACUGGACACUUGUGUGUAUGAAACUAGGAAGAUGUGUGAUCAGGGCAAAUCUACUUGUUUUGCAUGUUCUCUUUAAUGUAACAUGAAUAAAAGCUCAUUUAUUAAA